CUCAAAAGUCCUCAUCCAACUCAAUUUUGGCUUUCCAAUUUAAGUCACUUUCAUCUCUCACCUAAUAACUUGUUAUUUCAUAACACCAAAAAGCAAACACUAGCAUUAGUCGACUCUUAGCCUUCAAUUCGUCAAAUUAAAGAUUACCAAUGACAAGAACUUGAGAUGUCACAUCUCCUUCAUUCUUCUUAUCCAUAUCCUAGCUCUAGGCAAACUCAAGACUCUUUGCUUAGUCUUUUUGCCCUAAAUUAAACAAUCAAAUCUAAUUUAUAUAUUUAAUUAUUUAUUUCAAAUGUAAUUAAUUUUGUAGUCGAUAAUACCGAUUGGGAUACCGAAGUACCGACUGGGAUACCGCAAUAUUUAGGGAUUGGGAUACCGAAAUUAUUUACGGAUUGGGAUUGGGAUUGACUUUCAGGUAUAAUUCGGUAUUCGGGAUUUUGGUAUUUGGUAUUGGGAUACCGAUACCAUACCGAGUUCCACCCCUAGAUUUGAGGGAUAGAUUUGGUUUAAAUCCAUAAUCAUUAUGAAUUUAGUAUAAAUCCAUUGUUUGCUCCAUGCAUUCGUGAAAAGAUCAAAUUCGUAUGAUUCAUUGACUUUGAGUGUCCAAAUAUGCAAGGCCAUGAACUUGCAAAUCCCAAAUAUGAGUGUGGAAUUUGCCUCAAUAAUAUAAAAUAAAUAAAUAAGUAUAUUAAGAUAAUUUACAUAUUAAAGCUACAAAAACAUAACAACAAAUUCAUGAACAAAAUCCAUUAAACAUAGAACUCAUCAAAUCCACAAAUAUACCAAAUUCAUCACAAAUCCAAAGUUUUCCAAAACUCUCAUGUCUCCAAUUCCAUGAAGUAAACGACGCCAAAUAUGAUUUGAGUUUCAACCAUUAAUGGGUGGGUCGGGUGGUAAAAGUAAGAUAUGAGAUUGCUAUAGUGUAUUUUAAAUCUUAUUUUUAGAGCUUAUGUUUCUUUGUGGUCAAUGUUAGAGCGAUAAACAUGAAUCAUUCGUUCUCAUUAGUGUAGUUGCUACAGGAGUAGCGUCAAUGACGUGUCUUUUUCUUAUUUUAUCUUAUUUCAUCAAUGAAAUAUAGUAUCUGCCCAACCUUAUAUUGAUGUGAUAUUCAAAGAAUGGAAGGAGAGGAAACAUCCGACAGUAAAAAAACAAAAUUCGACAUUGGACCGGUAGUGCACAAACUCAAUAGUCAAACAUUCCAGUUUUCAAUCGACAAGCUCGUAUUUCGACAAACACUCUUGAACUCCAUCUUUGGCAGUGAUGCAAUAAAGCAAGAAGUAGAGUAAUAGAUUAUUAGACAUAUAUUCAACAUAAUUUAUAGGGUUUAUAGCAUUUUAUGCCCCUCUAUAUUUGUAAGUUAACAAAUGUACCCCUUUAUUAUUUUUUUGCACAUUCAUGCCCUUCAACUAUCAAAACGUAACAAAUAUGCUCUUCCGUCAUUAUUUGAUAUUUCCGUCACAAGUCUUUUAGUGUUAGGUUGGUCCAGCUUCUUAUGAUGGUUGGCCUAACUGGUUUUCUUGAGUCAUGGAAAUUAAGUUGGCUUAUCUUGAAUUCAUUGGGGGAGUUCAAAGGUCAUUUUGAGAAGAUCCUCUAUUGUUGUAAUAGAGAAGAGUUACAACCAUUUAAGUGACAAAGAAUUAAAAAGAGAGAAGAGAAACUAAAAGGUUGCACGACUUUUCUUUUCUGCAGUAGGGAAGCAUGUUCAAGAGAGCAUAACGGGAGAACAAACCGUUGGAUCGUCCUGAAAUUUAAUGAGAGUUUUCAAGACUCAUUAUUAUUCAAUGUGAUUGGACGGAUUGUUGUUAUUAUCUGUGUUUUGUCUGUAAUUGCUUCUUGACAGAGAGAGUACGAAAUUGUUUUUUGUACUUGUGAACCUUCGCUUCUUCUUUGUUAUCCUCCGGGUUGGUGAGAGACUUUGUGGUUGAGUGGUGAUCUAAGAAAGUUCUUGAGAUAUUUUUUAAUCCUCUAGCUAGUAUAGAGAUAAAUUGUAAUUCCGCCAAAAGUAUAGUGGAGUUGUGGCUUGGACAAAGGUUCCGUGGUUUUUUCCGAUUUGGGUUUUCCACGUAAAAAUUGUAUGUCUUGUUCGUUUCAUUAUUGCUUGAUUUUGCUACUCUGUUUCUUAACAGUGGUAUCAGAGCUCAUGGUUGUUUGGGGGAUGCCUUUGGUUGAAUGGCAAGAAUGGAUGACACGAACGGAGCAAUGAUUAAGUUGACAUCAUCCAACUACUUGAUUUGGAAGCCACGAAUGAAAGAUAUAUUAUUUUGCAAGGAUCUCUAUGAACCUAUUGAAAGUGGCAGUGAGAAGUCAGAACAUAAGUCAAAUAAGCAGUGGGAGGUCUUGCAUAGAAAGAUGGUAGCAAUCAUUCGACAAUGGAUUGACCACAACAUCAUUCACCAUGUUGCAAAAGACAUAAGAGCGGAUGAAUUGUGGCAGAAAUCGGAGUCCACGUAUGAGUGGCAAUCGACUCAAAACAAAGUAUCACUCAUUCGAAAAAUUGUGAACUUGGAGUACAAGGAUGGACAUAGUGUCACAGAGCAUUUUAGUGAUUUUCAAGGGCUUGUGAACCAGCUAACUACUAUGAAGUUAGCACUUGAUGAUGAGGUACAUGCAUUGUUACUCUUUAGCUUGUUGUCGGAUGGUUGUGAGACUUUGGUGGUCUCACUUAGCAACUCGAUGCCUAAUGGCCAGCUGACGAUGGAUAUUGUCAAGGAUAAUAUGCUGAAUGAAGAGGCAAGAAGAAAAGAAUUGGGGAUUUCAUCAGAAUCACGUGCUUUGGUGGUGAAUAAAUCUGAAAAAUCGUGGAAGAGGUAGAAAUCGAAAUUCCAAUUUCAAGAACUCUUGAGAUCAAAGUAGCAGCCGAGGUAGAUCUAGAGGGAGAUCAAAAUCUAUCUCAAGAGUGAGAGGAGAAAUCACAUGUUAUCACUGCAACCAACCCGUACACAUGAGGAGAGAAUGCAGAAUCUUGAAGCGGGAACAAGUUAGAGAAAAAGGUGUUGAAAACCGAGAAUAAGGUGUUAGUUUAUUAAUUAUAGAGUACCGAUUUUUAAAUAGCCAUAAUCUGUAGUUAGGGUUUAUAGAACAAAUCUAUAAAUAUGAUGUUGUGUACUACGUUGAAAAGAAGCAACAAUAAAUCGAAAAACUUGAGAGGGAGAUCUCUGUGGACUAGUGUCAUACUGAUGAUAAUGUUAGAGUAGGAGAAUUUGUUGUGAGAAGAAUAAGAUUUCUGACCUUGCUCUGCAUCGUUACAUUCAACCAAACUUAUACACUUUUACAGGAGAUACAAGGGAAUUUGUUGAGAGUUUAGGGGAAUGUACAUGGGAGUUGAGCAGUGGUGAGAGGUGGUAACGGGUAAUUAGGAGAGUAAUUAAAUAAAUACAAAAAAAGCUUUCAUUCUUUUUCUCUAAUACGCCCCCCGCAAAAUGGAAGAGGUGUCAACGACUCCAAUCUUGGACCAGAAAAGGAGGAAACGCGAAGCUAUAAGCGGCUUGGUGAGAGUGUCUGCGAGCUGCUGAGUAGUAGGAACAUAGCAGACAUUGAGUCGGCCAUCCUAGACUAGUUGGCGAGCGAAGUGAAAGUCUAGACUCUAGAGCCAAAUGCUUUAUACGAGAGUGAAACAAGGGAUUGGAGCUGAAGCUAAUAGCGCCCAUGUUAUCGGAGAAGAGUGUGGGCGAUGAGGGCAGCGGUUGGUGGAGCUCCGUCAAGAGGUUGUGAAGGAGUAGCUGACCAGGAAAAUACUCGGUCAAGUCACUAAAAUACCCGACCGGGUAUGUGAAGGGAGACCGGGUUUAUGGCGUUCUGGAGGCAGGGGGAGCAGAAUGGGUCCCGGUCGAAGGGCAUAAAUCACUUCAAUUCAAAAUCUGCAAGAAGAGAAAGAGUCAAAAUCUGUAAACAAAAAUCAAGCAAAUUAAAAGAAGACUUUCCAAAAACCUAAGUUCUUCCUUUGGCGUCGUCGCCGCAGGUGAUACUCAGAACUGCCGGCGGUCGCCCUUCUUUCUACUUGUCCGAACUAAAAAAAAAAACAAAACAAAAAGGCCGGAACCGACCAGGAUCAAAGGAAAACGAAUCAAUACUAAAUGAGAAGAACCUACCUGAAACCACCUGGAGUUCUGCGAGUGCCGCGCACCGCUCCGCCGUUGUCCCUCCCAUCGUGGAUCGCAGCGGCUCUGAUACCAAUUGAUGAAUCGAUGCGCUCAACUCUAGGGUUUGCUUGUAACUCACAAGCGGGAGAACAAUGUAUAUUGUCGAUAAACUUUUACUUUAUUA